CACUUAAGUGAUCCGGCGUAGUGGCGCAUCAGUUUGUGUGGACUGUUUUAAUAACAUUUUUACUACAAAAGCAGUACAUCUGCCAGCUCGGACUUUCUGGGGAAAAGCUUUUAUUUCUGGCUGUGAAUAUAUUUCGCUGUUUCUGAGGCUCCGGUGUGCCAGCUGAGGCGGGUGAAAUUACACCUCCAGGACUUUUUUUGCUAAACUAACUCAAAAAAGUCACCAUGGCAGAGACGUCGGCGGCUCCAGCCAAAGCCAAAAAGGCAGCCAAGCCCAAGAAGCCCGCUUCUCAUCCCAAGUACUCGGAGAUGAUCAAAGCGGCCAUCGUUCACGACGACAGCCGGAGUGGAGCGUCCCGUCAGUCCAUCCAGAAGUACGUGAGGAAGAACUAUAAGGUGGGCGAGAACGCCGAUGUGCAGAUUAAAAUGGCCCUGAAGAGGCUGGUCGCGUCCGGGAUGCUGCGGCACACCAAAGGCAUCGGUGCGUCCGGAUCCUUCAGGCUGACCAAACCAGAGGAUUCCAAAAAGUCAACCAAGGUAGCGGCGUCUGUCAAACCAAAGAAGGCAGCGAAGCCCUCCAAACCCAAGAAGGCGGUCAAGCCCAAGAAGGUGGCCAAGACGCCAGAAAAACCCAAGAAGGCAGCGGCAAAGAAAGUGAAAAAGGUCGUGAAAAAGGCAACACCAACGAAAGCCAAAAAGGCACCAGCGAAGAAACCCAAGCCAGCCAAGCCCAAGGCAAAACCAGCAAAGAAGGCAGCAAAGCCCAAGGCAAAGACGCCCAGAAAGGCAGCUAAAGCAGGAAAAAAGAAGUAGAAGGACUAUAUCAGAGACACAAAGUCACUGUAAAUACUUAAGGAAAUGUUUUCGUAUAUGUAUUAUUUUUGUAAGGUCUCAUGCAAACCUGUGCUGUUUUUACCAGUAGUUUUCUCUCCAUUGCACUAUAGCCAAUAUAUGCUGUAGAAAUAAUUGUGAGCAUUUUAUUUGGCGUUAAUAAUACAGUUAAUUUCUGUCUGAUAUUUGGAUGCAUACAGUCUAAUCUAGGGUUUUGCUGAAAAGAAAAAAAAAAUUAUAUACGGUUGAACGUAUGAAUAGAUAUUGUUAGUGCACGGGGACAUACUGAAUAUACUAACGUGUCAAUGGUGGACAUUGUUGAGCCUUUACAAUGUACAGACCACAGGCAGUGGACGUCAGCAAGAUUUUCCUAAAGGCUCUCUAGUUGUCAUUCAAGCUUCAUUCUGUAUAUUUUCUCAUGUUCAGACGGCUCAUAAUAUACAGACAUCCCACUGUGUUCAGUCACUUUUAAAGACUGUUUAUACUGCAAUUCAAUAAACCUUUUGUCAUCUUCUA